AUGCGUACUCUCACUUGUCAAAAGAUGGGAAUUCAGGAAGCAGGGGAGAACAGCCUGUACUUAGGUCUUCCUUGCACCAUUGGAAGAAAUAAGAAUGCGGUAUUCGAUUUCGUGAAGGACAAAGUGUGUAAGCGUAUUCUUAGUUGGGAAGGACGGUUCUUAUCAAAGGCAGGUAAAGAACUUCUUCUUAAAACAGUGGCUCAAGCUAUUCCGAAUCAUGCAAUGUCUGUUUUUCUGUUGCCUAUGAAGACUUAUCUUAGACAGUAUAAUAUUGCAUUAUUGGGAAAGCAAUCAUGGAGGUUGUUGGUGCAUGAAUCUGCAUUAGUAACAAGGGUAUUCAAAGCAAGGUAUUUCCCUAAAAGUUCUUUCUUGGCUGCCCCUUUGGGAAACAACCCAAGCUAUGUGUGGAGAAGCUUGUUUGAAACAAAAAAUCUAAUGUUGGCAGGGGUAAGAAAGAGUAUUGCUAGUGGCUUGCAAACUCCUAUUCUUGAUGUCCCGUGGCUGCCUCAUGAAGAUUGUCCUUUUGUUCAAUCGGAUCACCCUGCACUUGCAAACCAGUUGGUGUCUUCUUUAAUGUGUAUCAAUGAUAAACAAUGGGAUAUGGACAUCAUUAAGGACCUAUUUAAUGAGAGAGAUCAAAGAUUAAUUUUGAGUAUUCCAUUGCCUUUAACUGUACACGAAGACUGCUGGUCUUGGAGUAAAGAAAAAACUGGUUUUUACUCUGUUAAAAGUGCAUACAGAUGGCUAAGAAACCAGUCAAUUCCUGCUGGUGUGGAUUCGGGUUUAUGA